AUGCUGCUUCUAGCUUCAGCUUUUUUUCUAACACUAUUGCAGUGCUCUUAUGCCCAAAAGGAAACAAGCAUUAUACCUGCAGACUGUCACGCCGUCGAAAGAGAUGCAGGAGUGGCCCUGGAUUUAGUCAACAGACAUCGCAGAGAUGGUCUUGUUUUUGGUUUAUUCCGUGUUGCUGAUGCACACCAACUACACGUAGGAAAUUUAUCAAUCCUCUACUUAACUUUGGAUGUGGUGGAAACUGAAUGCCCUGUAUUAUCCAGAAGACACUGGGAGUCUUGUGAAUAUGAUGACCUCUAUUCCAUGGACUUUGGCCAGUGUAAGAUCAUCACAUAUACAAACCAGCUGCUGAAGAAACCUCAACUACAUGGAUUUAAUUGUACAUUAAGCUCAGUUCCUCCUGAUUUAUUAGAGUGCAAAGACUGUCCUGUGAAAGUUGAAAUCUUAGAAGCCACUGAGCAACAUAAAAAUAUUGCUGCAGAGGCCCUGAAGAAAUUCAACAGUCAGAGUAACCACACAAAUUACUUCAACGUGGACAAAGUUGAAAAGGCUUUAAAGAUGACUGCCUCCCGUGAAGGUCACACUUUACAAUUCUCUAUAAAGGAGACCAACUGUUCCAAGUCCACAGAACAAGCAGCUCAGGCACUGGAAUGUGAUUUUCUGGAUGACUGGCACGCUCACGUGGGAUUCUGCAAGGCAAGAGUUAUCAGUGAUCCAGAUGAACCCGAUGGAACAGACAUAAGCUGUGAAAUCUACCAUCCCCGGCUACAUGACUGCAGGCAUCCUCAUCAUCAUUUUGGUCAUAGACAUCAUCACAAACAUCCUCACAGACAUCAUCAUAAGCAUGGAUGUCCACCCUCUUCUCAAUCCAGACCUGAAGAUGCUGAGCAUAAAGAUAGUUCCAAUGAAGAACAUCAAGACAAUCAUGAAGGACCUGCUCCUCCUCCUCCCCAUGGUGGACCACAUCACCACCACCAUCACCCACACCAUUGUCCUCCACUUCCUCCCCAUAGUGGACCACAUCCUGCUCUCCCAGAGGAACCCAAACAUUCCCCUUCUGCUUCUCCCUCCCAUGAUGAACAGCAUCAUUCUCCUCUUUCCCAAGAGGAAUUACAUCAACACCCCUCUCCUCUUCCUCCCCAUGAUGAACCACAUAAUCAUGGACCACACUGUCCUCCCCCUCAUGGACCACAUCACCACCACCCUCCUCCCCACCACAGUCCACACUGUCCUCCUCCUCAUGGACCACAUCACCACCACCCUCCUCCUCAUCAUGGACCACACUGUCCUCCUCAUGGACCACACCACCACCAUCCUCCUCCCCACCACAGACCACACUGUCCUCACCAACCACAUCACCACCAUGCUUCUUCCAAUUGUGGACCACAUCACCCUCAUCAUCAUCAUCUCUGUCAUCACUAUGACAGACAUCACUGCAGCAAGACAAGCAUAUCAGGAAAGCACUUUCCAUUCCAGGUAACAGGAGCUGUCUAUCGCAUUCCAGUUCUAAAUCAGCAGGAUUCUCUCACACCCCCCACUGCAAACUUUCUUGAAGUAUCCCAAAGCAACCCUCACUCCUCCAGCACUGGGGAAGACACUUUCUUCUCUGGCUCAAGUCAAAAGGAGAUGCCAGAAGCUCUGGAAUUUCCAGAUCAUCCUACACAAUCAGAGUCAUGCCCAGGAAACUCCAAACUCGUUCUUCCAAAAAUUUUACCUUUAUUUCCACAUAGCUCCGUGGCAGACAAAUCCCCUGUAUGA